UAUAUCAUCGAGUCACCUAACUUUACCAGUAAAGAACUGAAAGCGUAGGCAAUUUUUUCAAUGGAAGCUUGGAGAGAGGGUUUGUUAUUUGAAUUUAAUUAAGCCGGCUUUUUUGUUAUUAAUGUUUAUAAAUUAAAUAAGUAUCGAUGAUUAUGGCUCGUUCAGAUUUUCGUGUAAAAGUCGAUUUAUCGAAAUAUUAUCAUGAUAUACGACGAUUUUGUUGGGUUUUCGUUGAUGGAACUAAAAUCUUACAAAUUUCUGACAUGAAGAAACAUAUUAAAAAAUUAUUUAACAUUUGUGAACCAUAUCAUUUAUGUUUAAAUAAUACUGAAUAUUUACCACCAUUUGAAGAUGCCCGAAUUAUAAAAGAGAAUGAAACAAUUAUUGUUAUACCAGGCAGUGGUUUGGAAGAUGAAAUAGAAUCUUCUAUAAAUUUUGUAUCACCAUCUAUUCAAGAUAAUGACAAUAGUGAAAACAAAGGGAACAGAACAUUUAAUCACAAAGAAACACAAACUGUAGAAUUUUAUGAUAUGGAAGUGACAGUUCCUACAAAAGAUAUUACUAUUCAGUCAAAUGAACUUUUAUCUGAUUCAAAACAAGAUUUAUAUUCUACGGAUAUAAUAUUUCAUAGUAUAGUAAAUGAUACAGAAGAUAAUUUUACAGAUUCUAAAACAAUGAAUAGUACUAUUACGGAAGAUUAUAGUUUCAUAAAAAAACAAUCACCUUCAACAAAACGUAAAAGAGUACGACAUAGAAAAGGAAAAAAGAAUAUAUCAACGUUUAUACAAAAUCCUGAUGACAAGAAUGAUACAACGAAAAAACCUAAAAUAGUAGAUUCUCUUGUUUUAUCUUCAGGAAAGCAUAUAAGAUUUGAUACAUCUGAAACAAAUGAAAUACAAAUGAUGCAACAGUUUGUGAUUGAACCUGCAUUAUCUAAACUAAUUAGCUUAAGGAAUAGUUCUACACCUCUUACAUUUCCUAAUAAAAAAAUAAAAGAAGAAAUCGUUAAGCCACAAAAUAUAUCUACUAUAGAAGUUGAAAAUAUAGAUAUUUCUAAUGAAAAAACAAAUGAGACAUUAAAUAAUACAGUUGAAAAAAAUACAUCUAGAAAAGAAAUUAAUCACGAUCUUAAAAAUCAAUCAUUUUCUGAUAUAGAACUUGAACAAUACCCUCCUGUAAAAAUGCAAGAUGUAGAAAACAAUGAUAUUAUUGCAUUUAAAAUGUUAAGAAUCGGGGAAGAUUACAGUCCACACAUGUCUAACAUAAUUAUAGCACAGGUUAUGACAUUAAAUCAACAAACCAGUAUUUUCACUCUUAAAAUAAUAAAAGGAUUAGAUCAAAUAUAUAAUGGUACCAUUCCUUCAGGAAAGUUUAGUAUUCUGGAACCAGAAAUGAAAGGAAUAAUAUCGAAUAUUUUAAAUAUAAAUUAUUCUCACAUGAUGGAACCAUGUUUUAUAAAAAAGUCAUCUAGUAAUAACACGAACACAGUUUCUUAAAAUAUUAAUUAUAAUUAUUUUUUAUAUUUUAACAUUUUCGUUCCUGUUUCUUAAAAUAAGCAUGAUAAGCAUCUCUUUGUCUUAAUCUUUCAUUAAGUCUGCUGUUAUUUUAUUAUGUUUAAUAUAUUUUAUAAAAGGCAAUUUCAAAUGUUAAAAAUAAUUUUAUUAUGAACGAAGUUAUGAUAUUAUCUUAUAUGUUAAAUCUUAUAUCUUAUAAAGUUAAAUAGUUAUAAUACCUACUUUUUAUAAUAUUGAUUGUCUUAGAUGACAUAUUAUAAACAAGAAGUUGCCAAACUAAUAUAUUUUAUAGCAAAUGUAUAAGACAUUAGUUAUUUAGUGUGAAUACGAUGACUCAUUUAUUUUUUCUAUUUUUAAAAAUUUUAGAACGAUGUAUGUGUAUAUAUAUAUAUAUACGUAUGUGUGUAUGUAUGUUAUAUGUAUAUACAUAUGUAUACGUAUAUGUGUAUAUAUGUAUAUAUAUGUGAAGUUUUUUAAUUGAAAAAAAACGCAAUAUGUAAAAUUCAUAUAAAAAAAAUUCCUUUUAAAAUAUUUCUUUUCCAAUAAUUUCAUUGUGAUUAUAAUUGUCAAUAACUUUAUAGUUCUAGCUUUAAUAUUAAGUAAUAUUACUGUUAACAAAACAAAUUGUAUUUUUUAAUCAAAGUUUCGUAUUUAUCACAAGAUUUAUAAUUAUUAAGAUAUACAUUUAUAAAUAUAACUAACCAUUGAAUAUACAAUCAUAAAUGAGUUCAGUCGUACGACCAAUGAAAAUACUCGAAUAGUUAAAUAUGGAAGUAGAGAGGAAUAAUAUUGGAAAUUAAUAACAUUCAUUGAUAUAUAUAUUUUUCGAAUAGAAACGUUUUUUUUUUAUAAACUAGAAAAAAAGAAACGGAAUAAAAAAUAAAAACAAUUUAUACUUCAUAAAUAAUACAUGAGAAUAAAAAUGAUUACUAUAAUAAAUUUCGAAUUCGUAACCUUUGAAUGUAUUUCACAAGUGACGUCACGACAAGCUAACUUCCGGUUUUAAGCUAAUUAAAGGAUAUCCUUUAUCGAAAGAUGGCGACGGUAAGGAUUAUUCAGGAUUGUCCAAAUUAAAGACAUAACGGCACAUGAUCAUCGGCGUUUCUAGUAGUUGUAUGUUUCGUGCGUCAAUAUUUAAUACAUCGGUAUCGUAGAAGCAUACAUAUGUACAUACGUACAUAAGUAUAACAAAAAGUUAGUGGCAGAUAGUGAAAAUCACGAAAGAUAUUUCCGCGAGGAUAUUCGCGCUUUUCGAUGCGCGUUUAACAAUGGGAAUUAUAAACGAUGACAAUGAGCCACAUCAAGAGUCACGUUUUCUCUCGAGAAUUUAGCUCGUGUAGUUUAAACCUCGAGGAAAAGUCGACCGGCACGAGGAAAACUUCAAGGCGUUGGCACUGCUGCGUUCCUUGACAAUUGCAAAAGCAAUUGCAGUUUAUACGAAUUAGAGAUAGAGAGAUAUUGACAACGAUUAUAUUAUUUUCAAACGAUAUUAUUAAAGUGUUCUGUCUAUCGUGAGAAAAAAAAGAAAGAGAGAGAGAGAAAGAAAGAAAGAAAGAAAGAAAAAGAAAAAGAUAGAUAGAUAGAUAGAUACCUAGAUAGAUAGAUAGAUAGAUAGAAAGAAAGAAAGAGAGAGAGAGAGAGAGAGA